GCAGGUGGAUGGGCGGAGUAGGCGGAGGCUGGGCCAAGAUGGCGCCGCCGCGCGGGGCCGGGAGCCUCGGGAGCCUGAGCUGAGGCAGCGCCGCCCGGCCGGGAAGGGGUUAACGCUCUGGGUGUCACCCCGGCCGCUCCCUGGGACGGGCUGCUGACUCGCGGGCGGCGGCGGCGGCGGCGGCGGAGGAGCCGGUUGCGCCUCGCCGGCGAUGGAGAGCGGCGAGCUGAGCAGCAUGGAGACCAUGGAGACCCUGACGGAGCUCGGCGACGAGCUCACGCUGGGCGACAUCGACGAGAUGCUCCAGUUCGUCAGCAACCAAGCCGGAGAAUUUCCAGAUCUGUUUUCUGAACAGUUGUGUGGCUCCUUCCAAAGCAACAGCGUAUGUAAUAGUGGUGGAACCUCAGAUCCCACGUCACAGAGGCCCUACAGCCAGGGGCAGCUACAGACCUUCUCUCCUAGUGCAGCUUCUCCCCAGCUUCAGACCGUGCAAGUGAAGGUGUCUCAGACAACUGCCGCAACACCUGUUCCACAGCGGACGGCACCUGCUCUUCAGCCUCGUCCCCAGGUUCAGCCUCAGCUCCAGCAGCAGACUGUGAUGAUUACUCCAGCUUUCAGCUCUGCUCCCCAGACCCGGUUCAUUCAGCAGCCUGUAAUAUACCAAAACGCAGCCACAAGUUUUCAAGUGCUGCAACCCCAGGUUCAGAGCCUGGUGACUUCCUCGCAAGUUCAACCAGUCACUAUCCAGCAGCAAGUGCAAACGAUGCAAGCUCAGAGGGUAUUGACACAAACAGCCAACGGUACCAUCCAGACACUGACCCCGGCCACAGUCCAGGCAGUAGCUGCCCCUCAAGUCCAGCAGGUUCCAGUCCUUGUCCACCCACAGAUAAUCAAGACUGAUUCUCUUGUCUUAACAACAUUGAAAGCUGAUGGCAGCCCUGUUAUGACUGCUGUUCAGAAUCCAGCCCUCACAGCACUGACCACGCCUAUUCAGACAACAGCCUUGCAGACUUUAGUUGGUGGCAAUGGUACCAUCUUGACCACCAUGCCCAUGGUGAUGGGAGGGCAGGAGAAGAUGCCCAUCAAGCAGGUGCCUGGUGGUGCCAAGCAACCAGAACCACCAAAGGAAGGAGAGAGGCGGACAACCCAUAAUAUAAUUGAGAAGCGGUACCGAUCAUCUAUAAAUGACAAGAUCAUAGAAUUGAAGGACCUAGUCAUGGGAACAGAUGCAAAGAUGCACAAGUCCGGGGUACUGAGAAAGGCCAUUGACUACAUUAAGUACCUGCAGCAGGUUAACCAUAAGCUGCGUCAAGAGAACAUGGUCCUGAAGCUUGCUAAUCAGAAAAACAAGCUGUUGAAGGGGUUUGACCUAAGCAGUUUGGUGGACAAUGAUGUGGAUCUGAAGAUGGAUGACUUCAACCAAAAUGCUCUGUUGAUGUCUCCUCCAGCCUCUGACACAGGGUCACAAGCAGGCUUUUCCCCUUAUUCUAUUGAUUCAGAACCAGGAAGCCCACUGCUGGAUGAUGCAAAGGUUAAAGAUGAACCUGACUCUCCAGCUGCCGCUCUUGGAAUGGUUGACCGCUCACGGAUGCUGCUUUGUGCUCUUACGUUCCUCUGUCUCUCCUUCAACCCUCUAACAUCCCUCCUGGAGGGCCAAAGGACAGCUGACUCUGAUGGUUCUGUACAUCAUAGCUCAGGGAGGAGUAUUCUGUCAAUAAACUCAGGCUCUGGUGGCUGGUUUGGCUGGAUGAUGCCCACUCUGAUCCUGUGGCUUGUGAACGGUGUUAUUGUCCUGAGUGUGUUCAUAAAACUCCUAGUACAUGGAGAGCCAGUGACCCGACUGCACUCCCGGUCAUCGGUUACUUUCUGGCGGCAUCGGAAACAAGCAGACCUGGAUUUAGCUAAGGAAGAUUUUACUGCUGCUGCAUCAAACUUACAGACUUGUCUGUCUGCCCUGGGCCGAGCACUGCCUGCCUCUCGUUUAGACUUGGCCUGCGGCCUGUCCUGGAACGUUAUCCGCUACAGUCUCCAAAAGUUGGGGUUGGUGCGUUGGUUGCUAAAGAGGACAUCUCGGCAGAGACGAGCAACAGAAGCCCCUGCAGGUUUUGAGGAUGAAGCCAAAACUAGUGCGCGUGAUGCAGCUCUAGCCUAUCAUAAGCUCCAUCAGCUCCAUAUCACAGGUAAGCUACCAUCCAGCUCUGCCUACUCAGGAUUGCACAUGGCUCUGUGUGCUGUGAAUCUGGCUGAAUGUGCAGAAGAGAAGAUUUCACCAAGCACACUGGCAGAAAUUCACCUGACUGCUGCAGUUGGCUUGAAGACCCGCUGUGGUGGCAAGCUGGGCUUCCUGGCGAGUUAUUUCUUAAGUCAAGCCCAGAGCUUGUGUAGUUCUGAGCGCAGUGCCAUCCCUGACUCUUUGCGUUGGUUGUGUCACCCAUUGGGGCAAAAGUUUUUUGUGGAGCGGAAUUGGACAGUGAAAACAGCUGCCAAGGAGAGUCUAUAUUGCACUCAGAGGAACCCAGCUGAUCCCAUUGCACAGGUGCACCAGGCAUUCUGUGAGAACCUCCUGGAGAGAGCUGUUGAAUCCCUUGUGAAACCUCAGAUUCCAAAGGGGGCUGCAGGACAUGAUGAUGAAGAACCCUGUGAAUUCUCUAAUGCUUUGGAAUACCUGAAGUUACUCAAUUCUUUUGUGGACUCUUUGGGAAUUGGAACACCACCUUUCACUGGAAAUUCUGUGUUGAGGUCUGCACUGGGCCCUGAUGUGGUGUGCAGGUGGUGGUCAUCCGCAAUCACAAUGACAAUCAGCUGGCUCAGGGGUGAUGAUGCAGCCGUGAGAUCCCAGUUUACCAACGUGGAGCGAAUUCCUAAAUGUUUGGAGAUGAUGGAGAAUGCCCUUGUGAAAGCUGUCUUUCAUGUGUGCAAAGCCAUGAACGCCUCCUUGUCAAGCAAGGCAGAUGGGCAGCAGAGCUCCUUUGGCCACUGUGAAAGAGCCAGCACGCACCUUUGGAAUAGCCUCAACAUGAGCAGUGGGGUCUCAAGCACAGGUCUCAAUAACAUGAUCCAGCUGCUAGCUUGCGACCUACUGCUGUCCCUCCGCACCACUCUGUGGCAGAAACAGAUGAACUCCAGCCAGGCCUUGGGAGAGGCCUACCAUGCUUCUGCUUCUGAGCUGACAGGAUUCCAGCGCGACCUCGGCAGCCUGAGAAAACUGGCCCAUAGUUUCAGACCUGCUUAUCGAAAGGUGUUCCUGCAUGAGGCCACUGUGCGUUUGAUGGCAGGGGCCAGUCCCACACGUACUCAUCAGCUGCUGGAGCACAGUCUCAGGCGUCGGACACCCCAGAGUACCAAGCAAGGUGAACUGGACGUCCUUCCUGGGCAGAGAGAGCGAGCUACAGCAAUUCUCUUAGCCUGCCGCCACCUUCCCCUCUCCUUCCUGUCGUCCCCGGGCCAGCGAGCCGUCCUGCUGGCGGAAGCAGCCCGCACACUGGAGAAAGUUGGAGACAAGCGUUCCUGCAAUGAUUGUCAGCAGAUGAUUGUGAAGCUGAGUGGCGGCACAGCAAUUGCGGCUUCCUAACCGUGGAGGAUUGCAGCCUUGUCACUUAUUGAACGGGAUUCUUGCCCCUUCCUAUCCUCCUCCUCCUCCCUUUUUGAACACUGUUCCAGGUUAGGACCAUGAAAGUUGUGAUACGCUAGCCAGGGUAGGGUCUUCUUGUAAACCAGCUUUUGUUGCUAGUAUAUGCCUUCUAGUACAAAGGGUGCCCACACUGGAGCUAGAGAGUGUUCGCAUUUUCGCACACUGAGAGAAGAAUUUGGAAUAGUGAUGAAGAAGGGUGGGUUUGGAAAGGUUGGUCCCCCACCUCUUUACAAAACAAUCUAUCUUUUGAGGAGGGGUUUUCUAGAAAGUAAGAAGAGCUGCCCUCAGCCCUUUUCCUGGCAUCUGCGGUGGCCCUUGAUCUGCACAUCAGGUGCCAUAUGCUUUUGGCAGACCCAGAGAGGAGAUCUGACUCCUUGGUCCUCAGUGGGUUGCAUAGAAGCUUUUCUAUAGAUUCUGCAUUCUCUGAGAGCCUUUGGAGGUUCUCCUAAGGGCAUCACAGUUUUUAAUGCAAUUUGGGGUUUUUAUAGCAUUUUAUGGCUUUAUAAGCACUAAGGACAACAUCUAGGUUUCUCUUCCGUCUUCUUUGUCCUCCCUUCCACUUCUUACUCAUGUAUCUGCCACCUGGCAGCCGAUGGAGCCAUACUGUCGUUAUCUUUGGAGUUGUAUUUCCAUGCCCUAAAAGAGGGGACAAGGAUGGACUUAGUGGUGAACCAGAAGCAGAUUUAAGCUUGUGAUUCAAAAAGCAUGCAUAGACAAACCACUGCUCUUUGUUUAUGGUUUUUUUUUAAAAAAAAUACCUGCAGACCCCCACUCCUCCCCAAAAUCUGGAUUAGGAUCACAGGGAGGGGAUUACGCAUUACUUUAAGAAGUUUGUUGCUGCUGUUUUUUUUGGGGGGGGGAACCCCAAGACAAACUACAGCUUGGGGAAGAUUUUCAGCAGGAAAAAUAGCACAGAGAGGAAAGGUUAAAAACCCCUCCUGAUCAGCGCUCCUACUGUUUCUUUUGUAAAUAAAGAGACACCGUAAGUCUAAGUGCAUUUUUUGAAUCACACGCUUAAAGUCAGCAUUGAGUUUUACCUUAACAAAAAAGCAAACUAGGGGCUGAAUUCAUUGUUCUCUGUCCGCUAGUGCGAGACCAGAGCUUAAAGGUUUGGCCCACAAAGAAAUCCAAUGCAACAGUUGUGCUAGCCAAAGCUUGUUGUGCAACAAUUUUAGGCAAUGCAUUUGUGCUUUUUUGCACAAAAGUGUUUUGCCAGUGCAACAAGUUUACCGCUAAGUGACUUUAACUUUGCGCUACGUUGGAUACAACCCUAGGAAUCCUUUUUUCUGAUGUUUGAUUUCUUUGGUAGCUGCAUCUAGAUGAGUAUGUUUAGGAUAACAGUCUUAGGACUUGUCCACACUACCAACAGCUGUCUCCUUUGGAGUAGCUUUGACGGUCAAACAGGUUUAUAAAAUGGUUUACAUAUGUAGUGUAGAUGUAGUUCUAGAACUAGGAGAAAGAGGAGUGGCUGCAACUAGGCCUCCUUGUUGGAAGAAUAGGUUCUAAGAAAAGAGAUUUUAUAUUUCAUAGAGCUCAGAGUCUCACAGAUCACUUUUGCCUUCUCCCGUUGCCUGUGCAUCAUCUCUGUUCUUGCUUAGCCUCUCUUAUUUCAUCUUCCAAAUCUGUCCAAAUCAAACACACAAGCACCAAACAAAUGAAUUUGGGGGCACAUAAUUCUUUGGGGAGGCCCACACAACUGUACAUUGCAGUGGUUCUUGCAGCUAGUGUGCCUUCCAUGCGUAACAGCUGAACACUGCUGCAGAACUAAGACCCUCCAUUAAAAAAAGACCUCUCAUUGACAAUUUUCAAUUCAAAUGAAGCUCUGUGUGUCCCAAAACACAUGAAAUCCUGGGGGAAGGGCUUUCCAAACACUGAAACAAUUACAUAAUUAAAGGAACGUGGCCUGAAUCGCACAGUUAAGAGAUUCAUAUCACAUCACAUUGAUAUCAAAUUUUUAAAACUUUCCAUAGAGUAAACCAAAAGACGACCCCACAAUAAAGCUUUGGCUAACUUUGGUUAUUUUGAAGACCAAUUCUCAAUCUUCCUGAAUAUAUUGGAACUAACAAGAGGUGUAAUUUCAUGAACAUUCCAAAUUUCCCGUUGGUAUACGUGAGUGGAUGUGUCUGAAAGGUUGCACUUGCGAAAGGUAUCAAAAUACACAGUGAAAGUGAGCCUUGGAAGUUGCUUUGCCAGGACUAGUUCGUAGGGGUGGGGUGUAGGGCAUUUAGUUCCAUAUCUCACAUCACAUGGAUGAUCUUGGUUGCUUAUCUUACAAACAUGGGUAGCAACCAUAGUCUAUACUCGUGCCUUGGAUUUAGCACUGCAGAUCCGUGGGCAGUUGUUUAAAUAAGGCAGGCUGGAAGGCGAGGACCAUCCUGUUCUCUUAAGGGUGCUUCCCGACAGCCGUUUUUCCAGUGAUGGUAGCGACAAAACAGAAAGGGUAACAAACUACCUCAACGAAAAGGUACAUUCUAGCAGGAUGCCUGGGGUGUUUGGUGCUACCAUCGCUGGUUUCCUUCCACAGUUGUUCUGCCACUCGCGCAGAUUGUUCCAGUCUGCUUGGAGUUAGCAGCCAUCCAUCUGGGAUUAGCACAAGGACCUUCGUGAAUUGUGAGUGUUUGGCGAAGUGAUUUAGCAUGCCCGACGCUUAGAAAGAAACCUUUCCAAUCUAGAAGCUCUCAUAGCAAAUAAUUCUGCGCAGUUAAGUUUUGAAGUGUCUGGAUUAGUUGAUGUGCAUCAGAAUGUCAUCUCCUAUUGACACUGUGUACCGCAGGACAUUUCACAGUUCUAUGGAUUUGAGGCUGUGAAAGCCAUUUAUACUGUCAAGCAGGAGGGAAUACUACGGCUGAGAAUGGGCAUUGCAGUUGAGGGUGAAAGCCUCAUGUUGUACAGCAGGAAGAGGCAUUGAGGGUGGUACUGCUAGCUUGUGGAAUUAUGCUUGUGUAGAUGGGACCUCCACAAGGGAAUCGCCCUGUCUUUCCAUGUACUUCAACCAUUUUUUU